AUGGAUUAAGAAGUUCAAGUUAAGUAUUUUAGGCUCCCCCAAAAGGAAGAUGGUGAAAAAGGGUUGCUGAUCUCCAUUCUCGAUUGUUCAGGAUCAAUGUCAAGCUAUUGGAAAUAUGUUUCCAUUUAUCAUAAUGAAUUGAUACAAAAGGCAUCCAUGUCAAUAGCCAUUACUUUUGACACAGCCGUCAAAGUGUUGCAACCAAAUGAAAAUAUCCAUCCAAACAUAAACUAAUAUGGUGGAGGAGGUACCAACAUAACAUGUGCAUUUGUUGCCUUGAAUUAAGAAAUUAAAAAAAGAAAUAUCACAAGUGAUUUAACAGUGGUCUUUGUAUCUGAUGGGCAAGGAAGUUAUGACGAGAAAUAAAUUAAGUAAGAUAUGCCUACGGUCUAAAAUCUAAAUUUCAUCUGCAUUGGAGUAGGAAAUGGAUUCCCAACGCAUAUUUCAAUGAGUCUUAGAUCACUCUAUCACACAGGUAACUUGUCAAUACCUCCUGUGUUCAUUGUCUCAGUCCAAGAAUAAUAUGCAUCCAAAUCAAGAGAGGAUUACUUGGAUUCAAUAUUCAAAGAAGAAUUUGAAUCUGUCGGUGCUAUAUUAAAGCCAAGAAAGUAAUGCUAGACUACUCCUUGCUUGUCCUUCCCUUGGAGUCAGGAGAAAACAACAAUGGUUUGGUCUGGCAGUUGGGUUGGAAGCCAUGACCAUGAAAUUAUUUUCGAUGGAGUUGUAGUCUAGGCCUCAAAUCCAUCCGAGCCUAUGAUUUUAGAGUUGGCAUCAUAUUGGUUAUAGAACAUUUAGUUGCUCUCAUUGAAAGCAAAGGUAAGAUAGGAAGCAUAAGCCGCUCUUGCAGAAUUAGAGAGAUUAUCAAAUUAAAUUCCAAAACUUUAAGGUUAGAAGAAAUAAAAGACUUUUGCUUAGAGAGUGCAAGAAUCAUAAGGUAAGGAUACAGGACUCUCAGAUCUCGUUGCUGAAUUGAAAUUAUUCACAUAAGACUUCACAUUAAAUUAAUUAAAUGACAAGGAUGCAGCUGACAGAUUGAAGAUAGGAACUAAAGUAGGUAAAUUUCACAAUAAGGCUCUUAAAUUUGCUGGAUUAUCAUUAGAGGAUUUUACUAAGGCCAAAUAAUAGUUCAUUGAGUGUCUUAAGUAACAUAAGUUCGAUGGCAAUGAUGGAGAUAGAUCCAUUAUGACACUAUAAAGUUAGAAGGAGAUAUUAUAAGAAGAAGAUCUAAUCUAUGGAUUGGAAAACUGCACAUCUCAAUAUUAAUUGGUCACCGCAUUCCCAAUAAUUGGUUAUGGAUUGUAGGUCAAAAGAUCAAAUGCAAGUAUGAUUGAUCCAUACAAAAUUGAAAUUGUCUCUGUAGUUAGGAUCCACAAAUUUUUAGAUUCAGUUUCCUUAAUCGAGCACCCUCAACAUGAAUUAAAGUUUUAAAUUGGAAAUGGAGAGGAGGAGAUUGUAAAUUGUAUUCUCCCCUUGUACACAAAGAAGAAUGAGGAUCUUAAGCCAUUCUUCAGAUCUUUAUUAUUCCACACAAUAAUGACAUUCGUAGUGUGCGAGAACGCAGAUGUGUGUUUUGAUUAUUCAUAUGCCGCCUUAUUAGCUAAUACUCUAUUGUUUUUGAUUAGGUAACCAAAGUCUGAAUGGACUAAGGAGAUGAUAAGUUUGAUCAAUGAAUCCUAUACUUUAGCCUAUGGGUAAAAAUAUAAGGGGUACACAGAAAAGUUAAUUAACAACCCAAUCUAAACCUUGGUUGAUGUUAAUAAGGAUUUCGAUACUCAAUGUUAAGAUACAAUCAAGGCAGUUCUUAUUUUAUCAGCUGAGAAGGAUAAAUUAUAGUAGGAAUAGGUAAGAAAUGUCCUUGAUAGAUUUGUGGUUGAAACUAUCGGGAGAGUCUUGAAAGACAUGGCUAGUAAGGAUCACAUCAACAUCUUCUUCAAUGUCGAGAAUGAAGCUUAAGUAAUUGGAGUAUUGAGCGAGAAAAUCAUUAAUGGAUUUGACAAUGAAAAAUUGAAGGAAUAUAAAACUAUGUCUGCAAUUACUUCUUAAAUAUUCGUCGAGGUUGAAAAGAUCUAGGUUGAGGAUUUGUAAUUGCAAAUGGCAUUCAAAAAGGAUGAAGUAAUUAAAUUGUUAUCCCACUCUAAAUACAAAUAUGAAAACUUAUAAGGCAUUUAUGAGUACUUUAUGCUUGAGGAAAUCCCCUAAAAUUUAUUUAUCGCAGCAGUAUUCCAUGCAAGAUACCAAAGAUCCAUUGAGAGAGCAACCAAUGAGUUCAUUGCAGAUCUUGAUUAACUUAAUAAGGAGAUUUAAUUUGUGAAGAAGAAGUCUGUCAAAUUGGAUGUGUUGGAGAAGUGUAAAGUAGAAAUCAGAAGCCACGUUCAGAAGAUGGGAAUCAGCAAUAUGUUUGUGUAAAGAAUGCCUGGAUUUGGAAUAAGCAGAAGAAGAAGAAGAAGACCUAAUGUGAAUAAGUUGUAGCAGAAAUGA